AAAUCUUCAAGCCUACAUCGCUGCUUUGUCAUCGCAUAACAGUGUUGGACAUCAAUGUCGGUGCCGUAAGGUGCGCUGCGCUUAAAGCUUACUCUGCGUAAAGACAAAAAAAAUACACAAAGAUGAUACUGUUUCGUAAAUUCAGAGUGUUCAUACUAAUGGUGUUUUUGGUAGCGUGCACCAUGCACAUCAUGAUAGACUUGUUACCGAAACUCGAGAAGCGGGCGGCGGGAGCGGACAGCGGGGACGGCGGCUGUCAGUGCGCUCACCACCCGGCCGGGGAGUCGCAGGGCUGGGGGAAGCAGCGCGCCAUGUCGGCGGCUGAAGCGGGCUGGCCUAACAAGCACACGCUGAGAAUCCUGCAGGAUUUCAGCAACGAACCGAGCUCCAACCUCACGUCGCACUCCCUGGAAAAGAUCACAGCAGCCGGGGACAGAGCGGAGUCCUUCCGGCGGAUGAGACAGUCGGCGGGGAAGGCGGAGGACCACAAGCCGCUUAUCGGAGACGCGAGCGGGGGUCGGACCGUCCCUGCCCACGGUGUCUCCCGGUUGUCCGCUCUGUUUGAGCAUCCUUUAUACAAGGUUGACCUUCCUUCGCUCACGGACGAUGACACUUUAUUUAACGUGAACACUGACAUCAGGUUUUAUCCCAGAGCAGCAGGGAACCAAGGAUGGCACAAUGAGGAGGGGAACGAAGAGGAGGAGGAGUUCUCUCCAACAGCAGAGGUGACGGCAGAAUCUUACCCCAACUGGUUACGUUUCCACAUCGGCAUCAACCGCUACGAGCUGUACUCCAGACACAGUCUGGUGCUGGACGCCCUGCUGAAGGACCUGGUCACACAGAGGAUCACUAGUGUGGCCAUGAAAUCAGGAGGCACCCAGCUGAAGUUGAUCAUGACUUUCCAGAACUACGGACAAGCGCUGUUCAAACCCAUGAAGCAGACGCGGGACCAGGAAACCCCUCCAGACUUCUUCUACUUCUCUGACUUUGAGAGGCACAACGCUGAGAUUGCCGCUUUUCACUUGGACAGGAUCCUUGACUUCCGGAGAGUGCCCCCGGUGGCGGGGCGACUUGUCAACAUGACGAGGGAGAUCAGGGAUGUGACGCGUGACAAGAAGCUGUGGAGGACCUUCUUCAUCUCACCAGCCAAUAACGUCUGCUUCUACGGUGAGUGCUCGUACUACUGCUCCACUGAGCAUGCUCUGUGCGGUAAACCGGACCAGAUCGAAGGCUCGCUAGCAGCUUUCCUGCCAGACCUGAACCUCGCCAAACGCAAGACGUGGAGAAACCCCUGGAGACGCUCCUACCACAAACGCAAGAAAGCAGAGUGGGAGGUGGAUCCAGAUUACUGUGACGAGGUUAAGCAGACUCCUCCGUAUGACCGAGGAACUCGACUGCUGGACGUCAUGGAUAUGACCAUCUUUGACUUCUUAAUGGGUAACAUGGAUCGACAUCAUUAUGAAACUUUUGAGAAGUUUGGAAAUGACACCUUCAUUAUUCACCUGGACAACGGAAGAGGGUUUGGAAAACACUCACAUGAUGAGAUGUCCAUCCUGGUGCCUCUGAGCCAGUGCUGCAGGGUGAGGAAAUCCACUUACCUGCGUCUCCAGCUGCUGGCCAAAGAGGAAUACCAGCUGAGCUCACUGAUGGAGGAGUCCCUGCUCCGGGACCGACUGUCCCCGAUCCUUAUCCAGAGUCACCUCCAGGCCUUGGACCGCAGGCUCCGGCUGGUGCUGCAGGUCGUGGCAGGCUGCAUAGAGAAAGAAGGUUAUGUUAAUGUCGUGGAGGAAGAUCUAGUCGGGGACACAGCGACCCACAGGAGCCCCGGCCACAGGUAGUGAGGGUGAGACUUCAGGGUGACAGAAACCACCAGUGACACCUGAACAAUGGACCACAUUUGUGGCUGUUCAACCAAUGGGAUUGCACCAAAAAUCGUGCUUCUGAUAUCAAGCUGAAUUCAGUGAAUUCCGAGACUUGCCAUCAUUGCCUCUCUGGAAACUGCUUUUAAGUGUGUUUAUAUGGAAGAAACUUACAGGUAACACAAGAGACUGUGCUCACACAGAGGCUUUGUAUUUGUUAGAUACAGAUGUAUUUUUGUCGUGUAAGACAUAAUGGAACCACUGCUGUGUUCUGAUUUUGUCCUGCUUGUUUUGAAUAUGGAGGGUAU